AGACCUUGAAUCCCCCAUAUGAAAUUAAGAGAUUAAUCCCAUAACAGUAGAAUAUUUACUAUUAAAAUAAUCAGUUACAUGCCUGCCAUCUUAGAUUCAACGUUUACCAAAGUGGAUACAUGGACACCAUCAUCUGAUAAACUCAGUUGUCUCCUCAUAAACCCAAGCCAACUCCAAGAAACAGAUUCUGGAUCUCCUCAUUUUCUAUCUCCUUUCCUCUAGCAAGGGAGUAACAAAGUUUAGAUAUGUCACUCCAGUUGAACAAGAACAACAGCAGCAACACGGGAACACCUUUGUUCCAUGUAUUUAAGAAGCAAGCUUCUUUCUUCUUCAAGGAGCAAUUCAAGAGUGCUAGAUUAGCUCUCUCUGAUGUCACCCCUGCACAACUGAUGACAGAAGAAGCUACAAAUGGAAAAAAUCCAUGGGCCCCAAAUUCCCCAUCACUCAGAUCAAUUUCAAAGGCUGCUUUUGAGCUAGAUGAUUAUUGGAGGAUUGUAGAGAUUCUGCACAAAAGACUGCUUAAAUUUGACAAUGGGAAUUGGAGGGCCUCUUACAAUUCUCUGAUUGUGCUUGAGCACCUGUUGACUCAUGGACCUGAAAGUAUUGCAGAGGAAUUUCAGAGUGACAAAGAUGUUAUUAGUCAGAUGAUAAACUUUCAGUAUAUUGAUGACAAAGGGUUCAACUGGGGCCUAAUUGUUAGAAAGAAGUCAGAGAGGAUAUUGAAACUUAUGGAAGAAGGAACUGUACUUAAGGAAGAAAGAAACCGUGCUCGAAGGUUGUCCAGAGGAAUUCAAGGUUUUGGUAGUUUCUCCAAACGACCAACUCCAGAACAAUGCAUUCUGCAGGAAAAAUCUUUGCCUGACACAUUUGGCCGAUGUAACUUUGAAUUCAACAACCAUGAAAAUCAGGAACACCAGUCCUCUUUCUCGAACCAUAUUCUGGAAACAGCAGCAGUUAAGUCUCCUAGUCUUAGUCAUCAUGGGGGAGUUCUCAAUUCAGUGGAUGGUGUAGGAACUGAAAGCUACAUGGAUGAUCUGAGAAACAAUGAAAUGCUCAAUGAAUCUGACACAAGCUCUAAUGAAAACAUGAUUCCUGGCAAGGAGGUAUGCCAUCUGUGGAGCCUGAAAGGGGAGUCCAGUCUACUUUUGGAGGGUAACCAAGAAGAUUCCAGAAUCCAAACAUUCAUAGCAGAAGAGGAUCACCCCUUUAGCUCAGCAGAACUGCAUUCCACUUCUUCCCUUCUUUCUUCAAGAUGAAGAAAGUCCAAGAUUGAAAUGAAGGCAAGAAAGUGCUUGCAAAUAGAGUAAUGUGAGUAACACGCUCUUCAUGAUUGGUCUAUUUUUAAGAAAGUCACCUCAUUUUUGUAAACAAGUAAUAAAUUUAUGAGGUAGAUGUAUGAACUUUUUAAAAAUAUACUAAUCAUAAAGAGUGUAUCCCUAGUAUUUCUCUAGAAAUACCAUUGUGAUGAAGAUUUUAUGGCACAUGUAUUAUGUAUGUGGCUUACCUUUUAUUUCCUGCUACAAUUUUCCCCUUAUGAACAAAUCGUUUGUUAGGGUGAGACUAGAACUAAGUAUAUUGAAACGCAUA